UCUCUGGUCUUCCACUAUAUAAGGGCCAGAAUACACCCACGGAAUAUUACUUCAACUUCAGUCUACGAUAUCACGAAAACCGUCUCUACGACUACCUUCUCUGUGCGAAGCUCCAUUGGAAGGACGGCUCCUUCCUCAUGAACAAUCUGCCUGUUGCAGAAGCCGCGGCUGCUGACUAUCUACCUAACCUUGGGACAGUGACUACGGAUGAUGUUGCACAAAACCCUUUCUUCCCUCUUCCGCCCGAGUUCUACUCAGAUAAUAUCCACAUCGAACAGAACCCUGAAGAAUUCUACACGAUACAGACCGAACAAGCUUCUCUAGUCACGCAUCUGAAUGGUUUUCAACAUGUUACGCCCUAUUGGUCGGGGGAGUACCUGCCUUGGAGGUCACGAACGAACGUCUUGGAAAGUCAAAACGAAAAUCAUGGUGCUUGUGGAUCUUCAGGCUUCUCCCAAGUUGGACCAUACGUGGCGAAUCCUUUUAUUGCAGUUGGACAGGACAUACAACGACAAGGUGUUUUAGAACAGGCCACCAUCGACCAGACUCGUCGGGAGCGACGAUGUCUGGGUUGCCAAGAUGACAACGGUAACCGUCAUUGCGUUGGUUUUCCCCUAUGUCAAAGGUGCAUUAAGACUACUGGCCUAAAGUCACCACCUUCUAGACUGACCAAAGCAUCAUAUCUGAAUUGGAAGCUCUGGUUUUCCGUCUGCCAAAGCCUUGGACAACACGUACCGAGCGAAUGGACGAUUUGGGAUGAGAUACCCAGCUAUGAUGUCGGAGAAGAGGAUUCUGUCAUUAUAGAAGCCGAGUUCGAGGAUCGAGGAACACAGCGUAACAUUACACGAACGCGACCGAUUGUCUAUGCUCCUUGGCUGCGCGGGACUCAAACAGACCCCUUUGGCCCACCAGGGGACGACGAUGGUGUUCGCAUCCGCCAACCUGCCAUCUCCCUUUCGCAGUAUGAUGAAUUUGUCAAGGAUUCAAUGCUCAAAAAGUUGUAUCCCUCGGAGCCAGGCCGGCGCCUCUCCAAGGACGAGCAUGCCCUGCAGUCAGCAGUCACUUAUUUCACCGGUUAUUUCUCACUUCUCAAGAAUCUUGAGUCGACCUGGAUCGAUUGCACGGCCUUUGUCGCUGACACUAUCGGUCGAAAUAUUGCGGCCGAGAUGAUCUACCUAAUAGUGUUCCGACUAGUGAUGUUGUUCUCUAGGAUCGUGUCUCUCAUCGAGACUCUGCAACAGAAGAACUUGCAUCGCAACCACCCCGGCAUAGCCUUACAGGCCUUGGAAGUCAUCUAUCGCGUCAUGAAGUCUCUACAAUCUACAAGUUGGAACGUGCCGGAAACACAUGUGUUGCAUCCUCUGAGACAACUCGAACAGGAUUUCCUCGAGAAGUCGAGCGUCAUGCACGCUCACAUACAGGCCUUCCAAUGCUAUCUUUCAGGGAUCGAUAAACUCGCUUGCCGAACGCUUCUGCCUCCGAUUAUCAGAUUCACCCGGGCGGAGGGUCAUAAAUGCUUUCCACGUCACCUUCUGGUGACUGUACACAAACACAAGUCCGGGGAUCGUGGGUUCGCCUAUUUGGGCUUUAACCCUUUCCCUCUCAUCGGCGACGGCUACACCAAACGUUCCAUUAUGGACCUGCUAACAAAGUCCGACCAGGACAUGACCACCGACAUUCUGAAUGGCGUCAUUGGCUCAAGGCCACACCUGCCAGAGUAUCUGGUCAACGAGGACAAUACCAAGGUCAUACGUCAGAUAGCCACACUCGAGUACGACGUCCAGCAUUGCUCGAGAGAUACUAUUACUUCAAUAGGAGGACCUACCUUUCAGACCUUGAAUGACCGUCAGGCUUUUGAUGUACCAAAAGCGCCACGCUCGCAUGCAGACACGGUCGAUAGCUCUGUCUCUGACGCUAAAAGCAGCUCAUCAUGCCAGAUUUUCCGGGAUGGCUGGCAGGGUUUGCUCGAAAAAGAGCACCCUGAGAUCAUCCCAGCAUGGCUCUUCGACCACAGCAAUUCACUUGAUUCGGCAGAUGAUCAUGCCUGCGACAAAGCCAACGAUCCCCGGGACGAAGCGCUAGCACGAGCUCUUGGCAAGCGUAGGACCACAAGGGCCAGGUCUGAAGGUCAGUCUGAAUCAGGGACAAUGCAACCCCUCCAAUCAAACAAUCGUCGUAAGGCUAUCGCUAGCUAUGGUGGUAUGUGGCCAGGAUUCGGGGAGGAAGACAUGAAGGUGGAAGUGGAAGCGGGUGAUGAAUUUGAUAUGCAGGGCUCGGAACGGGUAAGCCAGGAUCGCCCAUGCCAGCCGUGCGCCAUCGUGACGCUCAUGGGUUAGUGAAUGUCCCUUGGUAUUUUCGGCAGCCCGAGGGAGGAGUUCCAAGACACUGAAAAAUGACGGACAAAAUAAGCAAUAGUUAUUAGAUCUCGGGAGGACAUUCAUAAAGGCGGUCGAAAUUUCGGAAUACAGUAUAU